AACAACGAGUUACUCCCCUUUUAUUCAAAACACCAUUUGCUCUGAUAAAUGACAUGUCAAGCGUUAAAAAAAAACAACAGUCUAUAGCACAAAUAGUCGGAUAUAUAAUGAUUUAAUAAUGAAAGUGAUUCAACUUUUGCUGUAUAUUUUGAUUGUGACAGCCCAAGACCCUUCAGAAGAAUUUGAUGAUGAUGACCUAAAUGACAGUCAGAUGAUUGAGAGUGAGGAUACAUUGAGAUUACUCCAGGUGCUGUAUAGACAUGGGGAUCGAAGUCCUACGAGAGCAUAUACAAAAGACAUAUAUGAGGAAUCAGACUGGCCUCAAGGAUAUGGACAGUUGUCUACAGAAGGAAUGCAACAAGAGUUGGAACUUGGUGAAUUUCUUAUGAGAGAAUAUGUGGACACUGGGUUUUUAAGUUCGGAAUAUUCACAGUCAGAAGUAUAUGUUCGCAGCACAUCAUAUGAGAGGGCAUUAAUGAGUGCCUAUAGUGUUUUGUCUGGACUUUUUCCACCAGGCCAAAAUGAUAGUGUGUGGAAUCAUAAUUUAAAUUGGAAGCCAAUACCAGUUCAUACUGUACCUCUAGAGGAAGACUAUCUUUUGAGAAUGAAUUUAUCUUGUCCUGUGUAUAAUACUGCAAGAAACAAUGACCCACAAAGAAAGUUAUUUAUGCAGCAAAUAAUGGAUGAAUUUAGCGAGUUUUACAGUUAUGUUUCGAAAUACACAGGUGAAUCAAAUACUUGGGAUGGAAUACAUGCUGUAAUUGAUCCAAUAUUUUGCCAGUAUGCAAGUCAUUAUAAUUUGCCAGAAUGGAUAACUGAUGACAUUUUGGAUCAAUUUUUACAGCUCUAUGAUCUUUACAGCAUUGAACACAGCUAUCCUAGGGAGUAUGCCUAUCUUAAAGGUGGAUUUCUUGUUGGAGAAAUGUUAGAACAUAUGAUCAACAAAAGUAAGCAUGAAAUAUCAACCCCGCAGAAACUGUUCAUGUAUUCAGCCCAUGAUACUACUAUUGUGAUGUUCCUUACAACUCUAGGAAUAUUCAAUGACAGGAAACCUAAAUACACAGCCUGCGUUCUUGUGGAACUGCACGAGGUGCAGCCUGGCCAGUUUGCGGUGCAAAUUUCAUACAGAAACGAAUCCGACAGCAUGCCUUAUGUUUUAAAAUUACCAAAUUGUGAUGAAUUAUGUCCCCUUGAAAAAUUUGCUCAAAUCAUGCAACCAUCGAUACCAAAAGAUUUAAAGAAAGCUUGUGGUAUUAAAGGCUCUGCGGGCGUAGAUGUUUAUGCAACCUCUACAAUAAUUGUGAUUGUAGAGUUGUGUUUAUUGGUGCUGUUGGUAAUAGCAGUGGCUAUUUUAUGCUGGGUUAAGAGAGACAAAUUAGCUAAUACACAUGAUUAUAUGCCUGUUCCUUUAGAAAUGUCAUAGGUUAGAAUACGCUUAGCCUUUAAAAUUGUCUCAGAUUUGUAUACACUUAACCAGAUGCUUUUUCCUUUUAAGUAAACAUACACAAAUGCAUGUAUAUGUCUCUUUCUUUAAAAUGGUUAAAGAUGUAAAGAUGGGUAGCUAUGCAUGUAUGUCUGUUCCUUAGCAAAUAUUCUUUUUAAAUUGUUUAAGAUUUAAUUACACAUGAAUAUAUGACUGUUCUUUUGAAAUUUUCAAAGGUUUGAAUAAACUUGGUCAGAUGUUUGUUCCUUUAAGGUUUAUAUACAUGACAAAUAUAUGAGAUUGUGUCUGUUCCUUUACAACUUUCAUAAACUUGAAUUGGAACAUUAUUAAUAGCUCAAGAAAAAGAAAAAUGACCUCUUUUUUCCCCCAAUUUUAUACAAAGGUAUUCCCAUAAACUAUGGAAAUAUGACAUGUUUUAAUGCCUGAGAAUAAAAUGUUUUAAUUCCUGAGAGUAAAACUUAACUGUUACAAAAAAAAUUGACAGGAUAAUAUAUGUCAUUACAUGUAUACGAAUAUAUGAUAAUGUAAAGCAAAAGUCAUUCACAUGUAAAAUGACAGUAAAAAGGUGGUUUUACAAAUUUAAAAAAAAAUAUUUUCUAGAUUGCAACAUUUCCCCCCCCCCCCCUAAUUUCAGACAGGGCCUUUUCUCUAAUAUAAGUGGAAAGGGCCCUUACUGCUGAAUUAAUUUACUUGCUUUACCUAGGUUUAUUGAUGUCAUGUAUGAUCUCAAGGGCUAGUUGCUAACGCCCUUUUUCAUAACUCAUUUAUUGAUUGUAUAUUUAAUGCUUUCAAGAGUUCAGUUUUUGUUUAACCUUUACUAUGCUGAAUACCUUAAAAGGACUCGUGCAGGUUUUUAAUUUAAGAACCAACAGUUAUUUUGGGAAUGUCAAGAUGAAAAAAAUAAAGUAUGUCAGCCAGCAGUAUCAUGGUGCGUCAGAAGUCUAUAUGAGCCGUGUCAUGACAAAACCAACAUAGUGGG